AUGACAGAGUUUCUCGUCUCAUGCUUGCGUACUGGAAAAUGCAAUAAACCAGAAAAAUUGGAAGACAAAAUGAUCAAAGAGCUCCGAAAGACGGCAGGAAUAAACAAGAAUAAGAAUAUUAAAUGUCAGGUUAAGAAUAAAAAGGUGGAAUUCGAGGGAAAGAAGAAGGUGAUCGAUUGCGAGAACAUCGAACGUAUACAAAGAAAUAAGGAUUAUGGAGUUAUUAUGGUGGUUACAAAGACAAAGAAAAAUCGCAUGAAGCUAUUUACCAUGAGAUUCCUUGACAACAGCGAAUUCGUGAGAUUCUAUGACACAAUUAAUCCCAACCCAACUUCCGUCGUGUUUUCCCAGAAAUUGGAGCAAUCAAUUACUCCUAAACAGGAUGAAACUGGUAAAUUUAACCGAUAUCCCACUCCUGUGAGUCCGCUUUCAGAAUCAUCAUCGACUACAGUAGAGGCUCAAUCUAGUCGUAAAGUAACUCGUCACUCGAAUUCGGUCAAAGGGUUGGUCGUAGAAGAAAGAUCGUCCAGUAGCCAUUCUUCAUUUUCUUCAAGAUUGCUAACACCAACACCACAAAGACAACGCAAUCGACCUAAAUCAGAAAUAAGUCAAGUUGAACACGAAUUACCUUCAAGACUUUCAUCUUACGAGACAAAAUCUCAGGCAACACGAGAUAGACCAGAUUCUCACAAAAUGGAGAUCGUCGAUGGUCACGGAUACGUUCGGUUCUAA